AUGGUCAGUCAACAAAUCAAGAACGGGAGCAUCUUGCGGCUGACCACCUCCCCGGACCAAGAAGCAGAGCGGUUGUACAGCGGGAUCCAGAGCAACAACUCGGAUGUGAAGACUGACUCACUGAAGAAACUUGCAAGCCUCUCCCAGGACGUUACCUUUGCUCAGGAAUUCAUCAACAGGAAUGGCUUGAAGCUCAUCUUCUAUAUUGUGGAAGAAGGAAACGCUACAGGGGAAAUGCUGGCUCAUACCUUGAAGGCCUUCAUGGAGCUGAUGGAGCAUGAUUUUGUCUCCUGGGAGACACUUAGUGCAGCCUUCAUCAAGAAGAUAGUGAGUUAUGUCAACAUGAACGCGGUGGAUGCGUCUGUGCAGCAGCUCUCCUUGUCCAUCCUGGAGAACAUGGUGCCCACCAGUCCCCUCCUCUUCGAGCUCGUCAGAAAAGAAGUGACGCUGGAUCGUCUUCUCACCCACCUGCAGGUGACCAACACCCAGCUGCAGCUGAAGGCCAUGGCCCUGCUCAUCGCUCUGCUCCUGGCUGCCCCCGACUCCGAGCGGCGGGACAUGAUGGAGUACCUGAGGGAGAAGAACAUCAGGCAGUUCAUCCACAAGAACAUCAUCCACAGCUCUGAGCCCCUGGGGGACGAGAUGGCCCAUUACCUGUACGUGCUGCAGUCCGUCAGCCUCAACCUGCGCGAGCGCCGCAUGAGGACCUCCAUGGAUCCCUACUCCCAGGAACAGCGGGAGCUCCUCCAGUCUCUCCGCCAAGCGGCCUUUGAGCCGGAGGGGGAAGCGCCCGCCGGCCCCUUCAGCGCCGAGCGGCGCCGCUCGCUCUGUGCCAAGGAGUUCCGCAAGCUGGGCUUCACGAACAACAGCAACCCAGCAGAGGACCUCCGCCGGGCCCCACCAGGCCUGCUUGCCCUCGACAACAUGGUGUACUUCUCCAGGCACACCCCCAACGCCUACAGCAGGUUUGUCCUUGAGAACAGCAGCCGGGAGGACAAACACGAGUGUCCCUUUGCCCGGAGCAGCAUCCAGCUCAGCCUGAUCCUCUGCGAGAUCCUGCACGUCGGGGAGCCCUGCUCGGAGACGGCUCAGGCCUUUUACCCGAUGUUCUUCGGGCAGGAUAAUUUCUUUGAAGAGCUCUUCUGCAUCUGCAUCCAGCUGGUGAACAAGACCUGGAAGGAGAUGCGAGCUACCCAGGAGGACUUUGACAAGGUGCUGCAGGUGGUGCGGGAGCAGAUCACCAGGACCCUGUCCCUCAAACCCACCUCCCUGGAGCUCUUCAAGACCCGAGUGAACGCGCUGAACUACAGCGAGAUCCUGCGGCUGCGGCAGACGGAGCGGCUGCACCAGGAGGAGACGCUGGCUGUGCCCGUGCUGGAGCUGCGCGAGAGGCUGAAGCCGGAGCUGCUGGGGCUGGUGCGGCAGCAGCGGCUGCUCCACCUCUGCGAGGGCACCUUGUUCCGCAAGAUCAGCAGCCGCCGCAGGCAGGACAAGCUCUGGUACUGCCGCCUGUCGCCCAACCACAAGGUGCUGCACUAUGGGGAUGUGGAGGAGGGGGUGUGCUCUCCCCCCAUCGAGAGCCUGCCGGAGAAAAUUCCUGUGGCCGACAUGAAGAUGCUGCUCGUGGGGAAGGAGUGUCCACACACGAAGGAGAAGAGCUCUGGGAAGCAGAACAAGGAUGUCCUGGAGCUGGCCUUCUCUGUGGUGUACGACGUGGAGGAAUAUUCCCUUAACUUCAUUGCCCCCACCCGCUAUGAGUUCUGCCUCUGGACGGAUGGGCUGAACGUGCUGCUGGGCAAGGAGAUGACGAGCGAGCGCACACAGACCGACCUGGACGUCCUGCUCUCCAUGGAGCUCAAGCUGCGCCUCCUGGACCUGGAGAACAUCAGCAUCCCUGACACCCCCCCUCCUGUCCCAAAGCCCCCCAGCAGCUUAAACUUCUGCUACGACUUCAGCCACGCAGAGCAGUGAGCUCCUCCCUGUGCCCCGUCCCCCU